AUGGGGACAAAGGAUUCCUCAACGACUGUGAAGCUUGACACGCUUCCGAGACAAUCCCAAGAUGUUGAGAUCGGCAUUGUUCGCCCCAUCUUGGCCAGUGAUGUUGAUCUUAAGCGGGAAGCCAACUCCGCAGAUCAGCCCAAUGAGGCCGAGAUUUUCCUGGCAGAGCACAAUGCUGAAUGGGGUCAGUAUACGGCAGGCGAAGCUAAAAGCGUUCUUCGACGCAUUGACUGGCGUAUUCCCCCACUCAUCGCCAUCACAAUGACUCUAGCUGGAGUAGACAAAAUCCUCAUCUCAAAUGCAACCCUUUAUGGAAUGACCGAAGACACCGUUGCGUCAAUUUUCUACUUUGGAUACAUGGCUGCCACAUUCCCUGCCAAUGCAAUGCUUCAAAGAGUUCCUGUGGGAAAGGCUCUAGGAUGUGCAACAAUAGGAUGGGGGAUCAUCGCCAUGUUGAUGGGGGCUACUAAAAACUUUGCAGGUCUUUUGGUGCUUCGUUUAAUCAUGGGGUGUUUUGAAGCGCCCAUAUUUCCUUGCAUCACUACUCUGGUUGGUAUGUGGUACACGAAAAAGGAGCAGCCAACCCGUACAGCAAUCUGUUUUGCUGUAUUCUCGACGCUGAUUACUGGUACCGUUUCAUACGGUAUUGGACAUGCAAAAACAAGUGUGGCUCCUUGGCGACUGCUGUUUCUUGUUUUCGGACCUGUUACAAUCCUUUGGGGUGGAGUAUUGUUUAUCUUCCUCCCGGACUCACCGCUAAAAGAUGGGUUUAUGAAAGGCAAGGAAAGAUUCAUUGCGAUUUCCAGAGUUAAGGGAAACAUGACCGGCAUUGAGAACAAGGAACUAAAAUGGGAUCAAGUGCAAGAAGCUUUCCUGGACUACAAAACUUAUGCACUCUUUUUAUUCUACUUGUCGAGUAAUGUUCCCCUUGGUGGUCUCUCAACAUUCGCCGCACAGAUCGUAUCGGGUCUGGGUUAUUCCUCCCUUGAGACGACUUUACUUGGAAUGCCUACGGGGAUGUUCCAGACCUUCGCCGGUCUUAUGGUUGCCGUUCCACAGCGUUGGCUCAAGAACAAACGCUGGUUGCCGGACGAGAACAUGACCGGGAAACUUGUCUCCUACUACUUUUUCUUUUUCUUUUGGGGCCCUUAUGCAACAGUCCUAUCGCUACCCAUGGCCAAUGUGUCGGGACAUACAAAAAGGCUCACGGUAAACGGUUGCAUCUUUGUGGCGUACUGCAUGGCCAUGGUAAUUGGACCACAGCUCUUCAUUGAGAAAGAGGCACCUCAAUAUGCAACUGGUUACAACUGUAUCUUGGGAUUUGAAAUAUGUGCCAUUCUUAGCUUGGCUGUGUAUGCGUUCGGAUGCAUGAUUGAGAACAAACGUCGCGACCAGCGGGAAGGCAAAGAUAUCCAGGUAUCAACUGCCCAUCAGUUGAGCGACCUGACAGAUUGGCAGAAGAAGGGGUUCAGAUAUAUAUAUUAG